GACAAGCGGAAGUGGCUUUUGGUGGAUGUAUUAUUUUUCUUUGCCUCCUGUGUUUUGGCUCCCAACAAUCGAUACAGUAAAUCAGUCGUAUUCUGUAUUUUGCGAAGAGGCGGACUAAUGUUAGCCGGAUGGUGCUGCGGGACAAAAGGAUAACUAUCAGCCCAGCAAACAGAGCAUUUGGAGAGAGUUGAAAGUGUUGUUUGAAGAGGGGCUUCUCGUCUUCAGGAUCUGUACUGUGUGUACAUUAUCUCCAGCUUUCUUCAAAUGUCUGCAACAAUGACCACAAUAGUCCACGACACUGCAGAGGCAGUGUGCCUCUCCGCAGAGUACAACCUGUACCUCAAACCUAUCGCCAAGAUGACCAUCAGUGUGGCCCUGCCGCAGCUCAAGCUGCCCGGGAAGAGCAUCUCGAACUGGGAGGUCAUGGAGAGAGUGAAGGCCAUGGUGGCUCCGGACCAGUUUUCAUUCCUGCGGAUCUCAAAGAGCACCAUGGACUUCAUCCGCUUUGAGGGGGAGGUGGAGAACAAGACUGUGGUGAAGAGCCUGCUGAGCCGGCUUGAUGGGAAGACCAUCAAACUGAGUGGGUUUACUGAUGUACUGAAGGUUCGUGCAGUAGAGAAUAAGGUGGACUUUCCUACACGACAUGACUGGGACUCCUUCUUCCGUGACGCCAAGGACAUGAACGAGACUCUGCCAGGAGAGAGGCCUGACACCAUCCACCUGGAGGGACUUCCUUGCCGCUGGUUCACUGAGAAGGACAGCCAGUUCCCCGACCGGCCGUCUGAAGAGGUCCUCACUGCUGUGUUCCAGACAUUUGGCAAGGUGCGUAAUGUCGACAUCCCCAUGCUGGACCCGUACAGGGAGGAGAUGCUGGACAAGAACUUCAGCACAUUCAGUUUUGGGGGUCAUCUGAACUUUGAGGCUUACGUGCAGUACCAGGAGUACUGUGGAUUCACCAAGGCCAUGGACACUCUGCGCAGCAUGAAGCUGAUGCUGAAAGGAGACGACGGAAAGGCGGUGGCCUGUAACAUCAAGGUUGCGUUUGACACCAACAAGCACCUGAGUGAGCUGGCUCUGAAGAAGAGGAGCAUGGAGAGGCUGAAGUUACAGGAGCUGGAGAGGCAGAGAGAGGAACAGAAACGACGGGAGAAGGAAGAGGAGGAGCGGCGUAAGGAGGAGGAGAGGAAACAUAAGGAGCAGGAGGAGGAGGAGAAGGAGCGGAAGAAGGAAGAGAAGAUCCGAAAGCGAGAGCUGAAGCUGCGUGAGCGAGAGGAGAGGAAGAACCUGAAGAGAGUGAGGAGGCAGCAGGAAGAGGAGCAGAAGAAGCUGCAGAUGAAGAUCGCCAUGGAGGAGAGGAGGCUGCUGUUGGCGCAGCGCAACCUGGAAUCCAUCCGGCUCAUCGCUGAGCUGCUGGCCAGGGCCAAGACUCUGAAGCAGCAGCAGGAGGAGAAGGAGAGGGCUGAAAGAGAAGAGCAGGAACGGCAGGAGCGGGCUCGACAGAAGGAGGAACUCGCCCUCCUUCAGCAGCUGGAGGCCUGCCGACGCAAGCAGGAGGAGGAGCUCCGGAGGGUGGAGGUGGAGAAGGAUCGCGCACUGGAGCUCCAGCGCAGGGAGAAGGAGCUAAGGGACCGGCUGCUUUGCAACCUGUUGAAGAAGAGCAGUAACAAAACGACAAGAGCUCCUCCAGGCACACAGGAGCAGGAUGGGCCCGAAACAAGUGAGGAGUCCUCUGAACCUGUAGGAAAUGAGGUGAUGUUGGGCGUCCUGGGACUGGUUAAUGGAUUGAAGUCAGUUGAGAGUAAAAAUAAGCCGGCAUCCAAAUCUAGUGGCAACUUGGGGACAAAGAGAACAACAGAGGGGAGGAGAGGAGGGGAGGACAGGAAGAAGGUCCGGGAGGGAAGGAGGGAAGAGGUGGCGAGGAGCAGACACAGCAGGGAGCGAGCGAGGGACCGAGACCACUACCACAGAGAGAGGAACUCCCAUAGCCGGGGAAGGAGGAGGCGCUCUCACAGCUACAGCAGGAGAAGAAGAAGCUCCAGCCGCCGUAGGAGGAGUUCAAGUCAUCACAGGAGGAGCUCCAGUUACCAGAGUGGCAGGAGACGCAGCCCAAGCCACCAGUGUAGGAGCGCCAGCUCCAGCCGGGACAGGAGCAGGAGCAGCAGUGGGAGGAGCUACAGCGGGGGGAGGAGCCGCAGGCAUAGUCAUCGCAGGCACAGCAGAGGCAGCUCCAGGAGCAGCAAUAAAAGCAGAGAGAGGAGGAGUCACAGUCAUUACAGCCGGAGGUACAGGAGGCACAGCAACAGCAGAGACAGGAGCCACUCGAGACGACGUUGAUCUCAUCAAUAUCAUCCGUUUAGUUUGGCUUAAACUUAACGUUCAAUGACUUUGAGCAGAUAGAUAGAUAUUUUUGGAUUCAUUAAUGAAGUAAUGCGAUGUGGCAGCGUACCAAACGGCCUUUUUGCAGAACAGGGGCAGCUUAGCAAACAUCAUUAAUCUUAGGUGUAAAUAGAUUUAGGUAUAAAUAGUCAAAUCUAUUUCACAAAGUCGACUAAAAAAAACACAUUUAAGUGUUUCCAAGGCACGCACGUUUCUGCAGUUGAUUGUAGAGAGUUGUUUUCCAACUUUAAGUUUGUAUUUUUUAACAUUUCAUGGUACUGGAUUGAUGCAAGAACAACCUUUUUUUUUCAACAUAUAUUGAACAAUUUCAAGUUUAAAAAUCCUGUUAUAUUUUAGUUCUCAGGAGAUUAUUACAUCCCAUAUCUAAAAGACAUGACAGAAAUACUCUAAAACUAUUCUCUGAAUGUAAGAACACCUUGGCGUAAACUUAAAAGGGAAGUGAAAUGACAAGCAAAAUGUUUCAUGUACUGCUUAAUCAUUAAUAUUCAUUAUUUUGGAAGAUGACCCCCCCCUUGCUGUAUUUGUAGAUAGAGAUGCCGGUCUAACCGUACUCUGAACCUGAAAGACGACUGUUUUGUGAAAACAAGUUGUCUUUGUGCAUGAUGAUGACACUGAGGUAUGAUACGCUUCCUGGGGAACACUUUGUCUUUGUUGUUUUGAUGUGUCACCACCCUGUUCAUCCACACUGGUAGCCUUAGAGAGAGAAAAUAAAUCAGCAUCUCCUGCUGACUUGUUGUCAGCGUGGACUUUCAAACACACUGCAGGCCUUCAGGCUGCCAUAGUUGUGGAAGACUUUUAAAGAGGACUGUUCGACUUGAAUGAAUGGCUGCUGUUCCAUUUUUAAAUGUGAAUUUAAGUGAGAAACAUUUCUUUGUGUUUUUGCUGACCAGCAGACGGCAGAUUUAAUUUGACUUUUUGGUUUUUAACUGUUGUACAUUUUGUUGUGACAUAACUGAUGUCUACAUCAUCCCUGAAACAAGCUGCCCCAAUUUUUUAUGAUCCUGCAUCGUUCCAUCUUUCAAAGACUGAGCUUGUUGUUGUUUUUUUUUUAAGUAAAUGUUUUUUUGUUUUUAAAUAUGAAAUGAUUUGAAUGAGCGAGCUUGAUACUUGAUGGUAAAAGUCUAAAUAAUGAUAGCGUGUAGACAUAUUCUACUUGACUCAGCAAGCGGUUCUUUGUGCACCUUGUGGAAAGUCUGUCAAGUGAAAAAAGUUCUGUUGGCAUGGAGACAUGAAUGACUAGUCAUGGCAAAGCUCAUUUGUUCUGUGUACUGUAUGCUCAUGAUCUACAAGAGCAUGUUUUCCAUUCAGGGUCAAAAUAAAACAAUCCAGGCUUAAACAUUUCAGAA